CAUGGAUGGCCGCAUCAUCCUUCAUCACAAUGCUUUCUGUCCUGCCAAAGCGCGUGUGAGGCAUCCACCCUCCAUUGUGCCUUCAAAGCUUGUCUCGAAGGACAAGCGCGAAGGCGUCCCAAGAUGGUAGCUGCGAGGCCCCAGAAGACCGGCAGCGGUUCCGGCACGCCAACGCCGGAUGAUCAGCGUCGUAUUUCUGCGCCUGGCACGUAUUCCAUUCGAGACAUCAUCGCAGGAUGCAAUAUUUACGUCGAGCGGCCGGACCCGGUCUCUGGAGACAUCGAGCAGCGCCAAGCGGAGGUGCUCUCAGUCCGGGAGAAGCCUAAGCCGAGGCUGUCGCGGCGCCUGGAGAUGGUCGUUGCUGAGAGCGGUGGCGUCGGGACGCUCAAGGACAAAGAUCAGGAGGAGGCAGAGGCGAGGGAGAAGCUGGAGUACUAUGUUCAUUACUGCGAGUUUAACAAGAGAUUGGAUGAAUGGGUGGCGGGCAGGCGAUUAAUCCUUUCUCGGGAGCUUGAGUGGCCCAAACCAACAGGGCUCGCGGCAUCCGACAAAGAGAAAAACAAAAAGAAAGUUGCCAACGCAUCCAGAAGCCCAGCAGGCAACAGCCCUGCAAUGACACCAGCCGGUAUUAACAACUUGCUCAAGAAGGCCGCAACACAAGCUGGUAGGGCGGCUGCUCAAGCCGGCUCGGUAGCAGCUACCAACGCUACAGCCGGCAGUGCCACGUCUACCACACCAUGUCCGCAGCCUACUGGCGAAGUCGAAGGUCUCAGCCUGCAGCGAGCAGGUGGAGCCACUGGGCAAGAUGGAGCCGUCGUCGGGAUGGAGAUGCUUGGAACAGAAGAUCAAGAAGAGGGGCAUGAUGACCUAUCUGCAGUUGCAUCGAAUGCGGGUGAUGCUUCCCUUGAGCCCAUCGACCAGACUAAGAAGAAUCCGGCAGAGAUGUUCUCGAAGGAGGAGGAGAUCGAGAAGCUGCGGACGAGCGGAUCGAUGACGCAGUCGGUGCAUGAGAUUGCACGCGUCAAGAAUCUCAACAAGAUCCAGAUGGGCAAGCACGAGAUGGAGACGUGGUACUUUAGCCCUUACCCGAUCGAGUACGCCCACCUCGAUACGCUAUACAUCUGCGAGAUGUGCCUAUCGUACUUUCCUUCAUCUUUAGUCCUCGCACGACAUCGCAAGAAGUGCACGCUUCUGCAUCCACCCGGCAACGAGAUCUACCGGCACGAGGACAUCAGCUUCUUUGAAAUUGAUGGCAAGCGUCAAAAGACGUGGUGUCGCAAUCUGUGUCUGAUCAGCAAGUGCUUCCUGGAUCACAAGACGCUCUACUACGAUGUGGAUCCAUUUCUCUACUACAUCAUGUGUCUGCGCAACGACACUGGCUGCCACAUCAUUGGCUACUUUUCCAAAGAGAAGGAAUCCGCGGAGAACUACAACGUCGCAUGUAUCCUCACGUUACCUCAGCACCAGCGCUGCGGCUACGGCAAGCUGCUGAUUGAGUUCAGCUAUGAGCUGACCAAGCGCGAGCAUAAGCUUGGCAGCCCAGAGAAGCCCUUGUCGGAUCUCGGUCUGCUUGGCUACAGAGCGUACUGGGCGGAAGUCAUCGUGGAGCUGCUGCUGAAGACCAACGAGGACAUCAGCAUCGAUGAUAUUGCCCAGAAGACCGCCAUCGUGCAUUCAGACGUUCUACAUACGUGCUCGGCGCUCAAUAUGCUCAAACAAUAUCAAGGCAAGCACUACCUCGUCUUGUCGGAUGCAGUGAUUGCUCAACACGAAAAGCAGUCAAAAAAGAAACGCCGGCGCAUCGUACCUGAAAAGCUGAAUUGGAAACCACCCGUCUUUACCCGUGAUCAGCUUCGCUUUGGCUGGUAAUAGGUGGUUCUCUUCGCUUCGAUCUUCUGUACUCUCUAUAUGUCUUUCUGUUGUAUUCUUAGGACGCAAGACUAGUAACGGUCCACAAAAUAUUCACAUUCAUC